CAGCACACUCGGUGACGUAUAUUUUACUCGACUGUCAAGCACACAGCUGAUGUGACCUGAUGGACGUAGUUAAGCGUUAAAAUUUGUAAUUUUAAUGCUAUUCCAUUGCCUUUGUCGUUUAUAAAGGCAUUGAGCCGCUCAGUCUGAAAUGUAUCAGUUACUCUGUGGGAACGGUACUUAGUUUUUUGUACGUAAUAUAGUCGGUUAUCCCGCUUAUAAGCUAGCUCGUGCUGUUGCUGGAAGGCUAUCCUAGCUAGUUCAAAAUGACUCUUCCAGCUUUGCACAACACCGGCGUGCUUUACAGACGGAUUUUAUCGCAGUUUCCUCAGGACAUCAGUUUAGCUUUUGCCUAUGGAUCUGGUGUUUUCAAACAGCACGGGACCAACCAAGGUCAAAUGGAGAAGAACAUGCUGGACUUUGUGCUUGCGGUGGACGACCCAGUGACAUGGCAUACCAUGAAUCUGCUGCAGAAUCGUAAACACUACUCCAUCCUCAAGCUGCUGGGGCCCACGAUGAUCAGUUCCAUACAAAAUGAACAUGGGGCUUCGGUAUAUUACAACACGCUCGUGCCAGUGGAUGGGAGGAUAAUCAAAUAUGGUGUGAUUAGUACAGAGUCUCUGAUAGAUGAUCUGAUGCACUGGAACACCAUGUAUGUCGCUGGACGCCUUCACAAACCAGUGAAAAUGCUGGUGCAGAGUGAGAAUGGAAAGCUCCGUGCUGCUCUGGUGGCCAACCUGAAGAGUGCUGUGACAGCCUCCUUCCUGAUGCUGCCAGAGAGUUUCAGCGAGGAAGACCUCUUCCUGCAGAUAGCCGGUCUUUCUUAUGCUGGGGAUUUUCGAAUGGUGAUUGGGGAAGAUAAAUCCAAGGUUGCCAAUAUCGUCAAAGACAACAUUCAGCACUUCCGGAUUCUGUACAGCAACAUCCUGCGGGACUGCCCGCAAGUGGUCUACAAACCUCAACAAGGAAAACUGGAGGUUGACAAAAGUCCAGAGGGCCAGUUUAUCCAGCUGAUGGCACUGCCUCGGACCCUGCAGCAAAAGAUCACAAAGCUGGUCGAUCCUCCGGGGAAAAACCGAGACGUGGAAGAGAUCCUGCUGCAGGUUGCUCAGGACCCAGACUGCGGAGCUGUCGUGCAACAAGGUAUUUCAUCUAUUGUGAAAUCUUCCAGCAUAACACAGAGUAUCAAAGGCAUUGCGACAGCGGGCUUGUGGAAGACUGUGUCGUACAGCUCCAAGAAACUGAUGAAGAUGUGGAAGGGUUGGAGGAGGAAGCCGUCUGUCUCACAGAUGUCCUGAUCCUGUCUCUCUGCCAGGAGCCUGGCUUUCUCUACAACCCGUCAGCUAGACAAUCAACGUCCAUCCUUUGCUUUUACCCUGAGGAAAAACUGUGGCUUGAACAAUCACACACUCGCCCCUGGUUGUGCCACUCCAUAACCUCUGUGAAUGGGAAUCGCUUACCAGGUGUAAGUCCGUGUUUGAAUAGUGUAGAACUGCCUGUACAACUGCCCUUUAUCAUGCAGUUGUAGAAAAGAGGGUGACAUUUCACGAGCCAGACUGAAUUAUAGCUGACAUUUAAUGGUACUACAGAAUGGACCUUUCUGGAUAAUGACUGCGGCGACUGGCGAGAACCUGCUGAAUCAGCUUGAGCCACAGCAUAAAAACAGUGUGAGUGCAGCAUGCAACAAGAAGAAAAGACUUCUGAGCUCUCUUCAGAAGUGGACUGGUGUUACAUGUGAAACACACACACACACACGCUGCUGAUCCCGCUCUCAGAUUGCCAAAGACUUCUACAUUUUUUUGUUUUAACCACAUUUUUUUUUUUGAUGGCUGUACUACAUUUAUGUCGCCAUUCAUACAAUAAAAAGUAGGGUUAUGUGUAUUUCAUGAGAGAAAUGUUCCUCAUUGUUAACAUCUGUUUGCCUUCCUUCCACCGUGUUGUUAUGAGCUUGUCAUAUUGACAGCUGGAGGUCUUUGAUGGGAAAAUGCAUUGAUUGGUGCUUCACAAAUACCUGCUGUAAAUCAGUUUAUAAGAAAUGGGUUUGAAUAAACCUUUUAAUACAACA